CCUCUAGUCUCUCAACUCCGUCAUGGCGGCCCGUGUCCUGCAGCAGUGUGUCCGCACGCUCGCCCGGCCCUCGCUGAGGCUUUCCUCCGGUAGCCUGACAGUCAGAGCCGCUGUCGCCCCGGCGGUCAGCCUCCACCGGCUCCUCUCCUUCGCCGCAGACAGCCGGAGGACGCGGUGGCUCGGCCAGAGCGGGAUCCCCUCAGUGGGCGUGUCGUGCCGACAGUAUGGAGAUUUGCCCCCCCUCACCCUAGAAUUCAUCAGUGACCGGGUCAUGUAUGUCCUCAAGCUCUACGACAAGAUCAACCCAGAGAAGCUGCAGACAUCCUCCCACUUCAUGAAAGACCUGGGUCUGGACAGUUUGGACCAGGUGGAGAUCAUCAUGGCCAUGGAGGAUGAGUUCGGCUUUGAGAUCCCAGACGGGGAAGCAGAGAAGUUGAUGACUCCUGAGGAGAUCGUACAGUACAUCGCAGACAAGAACGACGUUUAUGAAUAAUUUCUCCAAUAGUUCACUGCAGAGAGGUUGACCCCAGCGUGACCCCACAGGAAGUACAUUUCCCCACUUCCUCCCCGUCAGCUCUUCUGUCUGUUACGGCAGUCGACGUCAGCUGCCGUGUCUCGUGUUUGACUGUAUUUAAAUGAACAUGUUCUUUCAGAGCUCGGAGAUAAACAAAAUAUUACCAAAAGGUUAUAUCACAGUUUUUUUGUUUUUUUUCUUCCAGCUCCACAGUGGUUCCGAUGUAUAAUUUCUCAUGAAUAGAUCAAUAAAUACACAUGUAUA